CCCUGGAUCAAAAACCUUUCAACCAUUUCAGAUCCAACAGGCUCUCACUCAAUGAAUGCUGGUGGAAAGCUGCGCGAUGCUUUCCGAAUCCUCAUUGAUCUGCUGAUUAAGGAUGAACAGCUUGCGCCAGUGAUUCACAAGACUAUCUGGGCCGAGGUGGCGAAACUCGAACCAGGGGCUGUGUCUGUUGCCCUAGAUGAACUCGUUCGUACGGCUAGUGACGGUGGUAUUGGUUCGCGUCGCUGCGAAUUGAUGGCCGACACAAUGGUCGUAAUAACAUCUAUCAGCGCUAUCGGUAAAACCAAUCUAAGACCAUCCCAAAGUCUUACUACGAACAAUUCUUGGAUCGAAGUGGCGGCUAUCACGCGUUUAGCCCUUUAUGUCGGCUACAAUUCGAGGAUUCCAGCCCAUAAUCAGUUAUUCGUGGCCGAGACAGCACAUUUGAUCACUCUUCUGGCAGGAGCUGGUCCCGUAUUGAUGCGCGUAACGGUCCACGGAAUUGCCGUAAACUUGAUUCAGUCGCUUUAUGUCAGCAAAGCCGACGAUCCUACCGUGGCUCCCAAACUCAAGCAAUUGUUGUCAGAAAUCCAUAGCGCGGAAACACUGGCCAAUUUCGGAUUAGUCUCUCAUGGACCUGUAGGAGACUAUGGUGUACCCGACACUGUAUCCGAAACGUUAUCCGUUGAUACGUUGGAAGAGCUAACGAAGUUCCUUAUGAAAGCUCUAGCGCUCGGUGCCCAUUCAUCAUCGGGUUCUAAUCUGAUCAAUGUUUGGCGGGCGCGAUGGAUGAGCCUUGUGAUCUCCACUGCAUUCCACUUCAGCUACAUCCAGUCCAGGGCUUUUGUCGUUAUGGGAGUUUUGGCAACGUCUGACGUCGACGACGACCUGCUGUAUCAAAUAUUAGUUGCCUUCAAGAAUGCCCUUGCAACGUCCCUAGAAUCUGAUCCAGCAACAUGC